GGGAAGUCACAGCUUGAAGGUGUAUCAGCUACAGGCACUCCCUCCAGCAUUUCAAGCUGCGAGCUACAAACUGCUAGUUGUGAGCACCAGCACUGAGCAGCAGCACGCAGAGCUACCAUGGCCUACUGCCGGCAGGAAGGGAAGGAUCAAGUCAUAUUUGUGACCAGAGAGGACCACGAAAGUCCCAGCACUGCAGAGCUGGUGGUUGACGACCCCAAUGAUCCCUAUGCGGAAUACGGCUUGGUACUGCCAAACGGAGAAAUUAAUUGGAAUUGCCCGAGCCUUGGGGGAAUGGCCAGCGGCCCCUGUGGAGAGCAGUUCAAGUCUGCCUUCUCCUGCUUCCACUACAGCACAGACGAACUCAAGGGAUCCGACUGUAUACACCAGUUCCAGGCCAUGCAGGAGUGCAUGAAGAAAUACCCAGACCUCUACCCCCGGGAAGAGGAGAAUGAGAACAAGGACGAGGACAAGGGCCGCUUCUACGAGGAGAACAAAGAGGAGGAGGUCGAUGAGGAGGAGGCCCAUGGUAACUACUACGUGGACGGUGAGGAGGAGGAUUACUACUACGUGCAAGGUGAGGAGGAGGAGGAUGACUACUACUACUAUGAAGGGGAUGAAGAGGAGGAGGAGUACUACAAUGAAGGCUACUACUACGAUGAGGGCGACUACUAUGAAGAGGAUGACGACUACUACUACUAUGAGGAGGAAGAGGAUGAGGAUGUCUACUACGGAGUUGACUACUAUGAGGAGGAUGAAGAAGAGGAAGAGCAUGGGUACUACGAUGUUGACUACUACUACGAGGAGGAGGAAGAGGAGGCAGAAAAAUUGGAGGAGGAAGCAUUUUCCACUGAGGCCUAUGCUGCCAAAAAGCAGAAGUCAAGUGCCUGAAGGCCCCGGACCCCAGCUGCUGCGCAUUUGCUUAGCCAUAGGACUUUCUGCUCAAUGAAUGCCUUUCAAUAGCCCUCCAUGAAAGCAUCUUUUCCUCUGUUCUAUGCACUGUAAUAUAGCAAAUAACUUUUGUUUAUCAGGGGUCUUGGCGGCUUGCCAUAUACCCUGAAGAAAAGAACUGUGCGGGCGCGCAUGCGCGCGCGCUACUCCCACUAGCACUAGGCCACUGCUGAACUGUCCUAUUUGAGUGCCUUGGAUUCUGCUACCUUGAAAUAAUGUGAAGUUUCUCAACAGUCAAAAGCCAUUACUCAACAUACUCUCUUGUCCCUGGAGUACCACACGAUCAGAGAAACUACACAACGAAAUGGCUGCAAAAAUGACAUCUUGUCUUCAAGCUUGGGGAAGAAGAUUUAAUGACUUGAUUUCCUAUUUGCUUGGUGUUUCCCCAGGGGUGCCAUUUUACCAUAGACUGCCGGUCUGACCAGCUGACUCAUUUUGUCCCACCAUCCCACAUCCCACAUUCCACAUGACACAUGGUCUUUUCCUGAGCAGUGGUUUUUCCUCUGUUUAAUGAGAAAGUACUGAGGAAAAACCAACUCAGGUCAUGAGCUCAACUUUGAAUCCUCUGUGGAAAGCUUCAAAGCAGGAAAUGUGUGCCUCUGAUGAAGAAAAGGGUGAACACGUUUUAUAAAAGUGAUUUCCUUUGGGUCCAUCUUCCUUUUCUGGGACAGAAAAUAACUAAAAUGAUUUAUGGAGCAGCCAAAUAUCUUCUUUUACCUUUCAGUUCUUAGAGAAAUGUAUUUUUCUCAUGAGACAAGAAAAUUUCAUUUUCUUAUACAUGUUCUGUUUUAUGACCUAAUAUUUCCCAUCAAACAAAAGGAUCUUAGAGAAAACCAGGGGACCAAAACUAAAUAACACUAUUAGCGGUGAAUAGGAGCUCCAUGCCUUAAGGAUACAACCCUGGGCAAAAUCAAUUCUCAGCCAAUAUGGUCAUCUGUAAAUGACAUGAAUUUGCUUAUUUUUGCAGAGUAUUCUUUUUUCUUAAAGUUGUAGAAAGAAAAUAAGGUUGAAAUUAGCUGGUUUACCAUCAGUCCCCUGCAAAAAUUGAAAUUCUAUUUGACUAAUUUGGUUACCUCCAUAGUUGGGAGGGUACUUUUAAAUGAACAAAUUGAUUUUUGUUUAAUGUUUAGAAUACCUACCAUUUGGAGGGUUUGACAAAAUGAGCAGGGAAAAGCAAGCCUUCACUGACAAAAGGCUGUUACUCCCAAUACACAACCAGCUAUUAACACCCAAACAAUAAGAAAAUGAACAGUCAGACCUAAAAUUAACAAAACUCACAAACAGACACUACUAAAUAAGAUCCCCGACUCCUAGCUUUUUGACUUGAGCAACUAGCAUGAUGGAAUUGCCAUUUCCUGAGAUGGGAAUGCUCCCAGGGCAAUUGUAUACUAUGUCACCUUCCCUGGGACCAUUUCCUUAUUUGCUUUCCUCUAGAUUGGCCCACUGAUGUAUGGACUGAUAGCCUCAGAGCAUGCUACAGUUCUAGGUUAGGGCUGCUCAAAAUAAACACUGAUGAGAUGGACAAGCAGAAUUGGAGCAUCAGCCAUUAUACCCUAAAGGUUUGUGUCAGGCGUCAGGUACCACUGCAGCUCACACACAUUUUUGUUGACCUGGCACGUCACCCUAUUAACAGUCUCCAGUGAUAAUAUGGGGCAGGGGUAAGCAAUAGCUGGAACCUCAGCUCCCACUGGAUCUCUUCCCUUAGCUUUCCUGAAUCCAGGGCCAGGUUUCUGUACAGCUCAAUAAGAAGGGAGUUAGCCCCUUCUAUAGAUUACCUCUAUCACCAAGGUUCAAGGCAGUGUAAGACCAGACAGGCUUGUCCUCACUAGUUCCAAUUUAACCUUGUACAUUCCUUGAUUUCUUUUGCUUCACACCCUACUUUUCUUUCAGAUUGCUUGCAUUGCUAACCCUGCCAUGGAAUCAGGUUCACUCUCUGAGAAAGGAGCAACAGCCCUUCAUAGAUUCCAGGGGCUUAGUGGUCCCUGGUGGAUAAUAACUUUGCUCUUAUCCUCCAACCUUUUUCUCCCAAACCUCACUUCCCUAGCUUCUCCCAUGAUGGUAUGGAGCCUGAUUCCUAUAAAUAAAUAUGUUAUUCCAUAGCGCA